CUGGAAGGAGAUGUUAAGAUUAUUCACUCAAAGUGGACGGCAAAAAGUUUACAAAUUAUCUGUCCAAGGGUCAGGCCUGUGCAUCAGGUUGCAGGAUGGUUCAGUGCCCGAGAACGAUUAUCAGAAGGCAUGGGGAGAUAUGUCAAACAUGGCUCAAUCCACACAGCAGAAAUGCAAGAGCACUCUCGAGGUUUUCAGGAAGAUGCGGCGUUCCGAUAUCUUUCGAAGCACCAAACUAAAACGUGCAAACUCCAAAAUUAUUGAUGGCAAAAACCAGCCUAGGAGCUCUCAAAUUGCAGCUACUUCAUCGGUAAAUGAAGGAGAAGCAACUCCCCAGAGAGUUGCCUGCCAUAUUUUCUCCGACUCUCAGACUGAUUUUCGAGAUUUAAAUCAGGUAAUUGAUAAACUAUGUAGCGUGUGGACCGAAUUGGACUUGAAGGCCGAAUCGCUGGUCACUGAGCAAAGU